UCCUGACUGUUUGGAAGGCGACCAGAUUCAGGUUUGUGUGACUAGGGAACAGAGCCUGUUCAGAUCUGGACUGUUCACUAUGAGUUGAGGACAAACUACAAGUCGGCUUCUAGAAAUGGAUUCUUAUCUGGUGUCACCAUAAUUCAUUAGAAACUUGCAAAUGAAAGAGACAAAUUACAACACAGACCUUCCAGUGUUUCAAGUAGUGAUGAGAAUGUAGACCAGCUGAAGAUUCAGCAGGCUAUGCUAAGGAGGCAGGAGCUUAUAGACAGAAUACGACAAGAACAAAUUUCCGAUUUCAAUCGUCCAAGAUCGCACUCCGAGCGACGUCGCUUCACACCUGACCCCCUUCCACCCCCACCGUCACGACUUUCAUUACCAGAUCUACAUCGGCACUGCCACUACCGUCACGUCACCCACAACCGAGGUUCAGGAGGCGUAGCAGCCGUAUCAGUAGCACCAGCAGAUAUGUCUCAAGUGAAGCAUGUGAUUGAACACAAGUACCGUCAGCCCGAACUCCCAGCCUUUCAAACAUACCAGUUACCUCCCAUAGCCACGCCCCCAGCAAUCAUCCAGCCGGCUAUACAGCCGGCUAUACAGCCAGCCUACGCAGCCAUGGCCUCCCCUUCCCCGCUAAUCACCAGUGUCCCACAUUUCCAGACGUUAGACAUGGUGGCUCCACGGAAAGAGGAAAAGUCUACUUUCUUUAACAAGGGAGAAUUCAUGGACAUGAUGAUGAUGCAAAAUGCCCAGAUGCAUCAUAUGGCGAUGCAACAGAUGAUGGUCAAGAACAUGACCCCCCAGCAACCACCGCAGCCGGUGUAUCCAGUGGCGGCUGCAGAGCCAUACACUUACCCAAGACCAGUGUACCACCAUCACUAUGGCGGCAUGGCGGCACCAGCGGCGCCAAUGAUGUACCACCACCAGUCAAUGCCAAAUUACGACAUGUCUAGAGGGUCACGAGGUGGAGGAGGAGGGCUCAGAGGAAAGUCAAGGUUCAGAAGAAAAUAUGAUGGAGAGUUUCCGCCCAAUUCGAAGAAAACGCCUGAUGCUGCCAUCCCCAUCCGCCACUUAGAGGUAAAUAACUACCCCUUUCCUGGAUCAAAGGGGAUCAGGCGCCUCCGUCAUAUUGCGUAUUGUGCUUGGUUUAUAGCCUCUCUCAAAGCUUCUGUCAAGAAGAACCAAGGCAGUAGACCUAGUAGUGUGUUCUUGUUCGGGAUUAUAUUGAAAGAAAUAGUGGCAGCCCUGCAUCGGCUGUAUCUCAAUCCAACUGGCAAUAUUUAUCCUGUGAUGGGGGAUAUCAUAGGGCCGAAUGCGAAAGACCUGUCAUCACUUGUGGGUGGGCGGAAUAUCACACGAGACCAGGCCCAGCUGCUCCAAGUACUUGCCUAUGUUGUGGAAAACCUCAUCUACCACAUCACAGAGAUCAUGCCAAGGUCAGGAGUAUUGGGAACCCAUCGAAAAGCAGCUGUAUUUGAACUCAUCAAGAAUGGCCAACGCUUUCCUGAUGGAUACUUCUGGCAAGUGGAAUUGGACCGCAUCCAGUUCAAUGGCGCGGGCAAGACAACAAAUAUUGGACAACAGGAGGCAUUUCUGUUGUUGGUUGGGAUCUUCGUCUCCAGGAGUCUAAUCACAACUCUGCUGCUGAAGCCUCUUGACUAUGGACUUUCCACGGAACCCCUGAGUGACACCCAUCAGCGGAACCUCAAGAUCCUGUCCACAGUGUUACUGUACGUAGUACGCAAGUCCUCAGGACCCAAAGGACAACCAACAAUGCCAAUCCCAGGGGAGGUGGUCAAGUAUGUGUUCAAGGAUGAUGAGAUGAGAGGUAUCCAUCUUUCUCUUAGGAAAACAUAUGAAUACUGUGAGAACCUGUUGCGCGAGUGGGGCGCUGAGUACAUCAAGAGACUAAGAGAGGCUGCUGCUAGCGAUCCCCGAGGAGAGAAGCUAUCAACCAAAAAAUAAACUAAUCAUUGGAUGAUGAACUGCUGGGAGAGCUUCAGAAGAUCCAGAAGGCAGCAAUCUGAUUAUGUUCAUAUUUCGAGUUUGGAUGAACAUAUUUAUUUAAAACUGACAUUGUCAUCAACCCAACAAUCUCUUUAAAAUCAUAUCUAAGUUCUCGCUGCCGUUUAAACGAAGACCUGAGGACAUCCCAUUACGGGU